AUGCCUGCAACUCGAUCGAUGAGACGGGAAGAUCACGGAGAGGCGUUCGCUGCUCCUCGAGAGGGCUUUCCAUGGCCAGAGUCGCAGAGCAGCGACGUCGGCGAAACAUCGAGCCAAUCAAUCGGCCAAAGCGAUGAAAGCAUCGCCAUCAUCCCGCUCCCGCUCCACAGGCCCAGCAGCUCCACUUCCGCUGCUCACAACACGAUCGAUGCCUCUGUCGCUCCGCGCUCCGCCAACGCCCAUGACGAUGAGGCCGCCAGUCUCCGACAGCAGCUCGAGACCGUGCAAAGGCGGCUCGCUGACCUCGAAGAUGUUCAGGCCGACCGACAAGCCAUCGUCCAAUCGCUGCACCACCACGACGAGGCAAUCCGUCGUAUCGACCCGUCAGCAAUGUCGCCGGCCUCUCCCCGCCUUCCCUCGCUCCAGACCCACAAAGGAGACGGCGGUCGCAAGCGCCAUAAACACAUACAAGGCCCCUUUCGAAAGGAGCUCCGGAAACGAAUGGGCAUCGGUUCAAGGGAUCCGCUUCCGCCCUUCGAUUCGGAUCCGCCCACCCUCAACGGAGCGACCGUGCUACGACUUGAUUACUCCAAGAACGCCAAAUGCUACAGAACCCUUGUGAGUUGCAUCGUCAGCGAUCUCGCUCAGGACAACGUGGCGAUGCAGCACAACAUCGCUGCUGUUGGUGGACACGGGAACGCAAGCGAGAUUUGCCUCACCUCCCUGAACCGUCUGUUCAAAGAGUGGCGGCAACAGCAGCGCGCAGCUGACGACCCCGACAAGAAGAAAAACCGGGAUGCCUGCCGCCGACGAGCUGCUCGUCUUACGAAGAAAUGCGCCAGGCGCCGAGUGCUCUUCAACGGUAACGGGUCUCUGCAGCGCCAAUACAACAACGUUGACUUCACCAUCGCUGAAGCAGCUAGUGCUGAGCUCACUGACUGUGAGUCCAUCAUCAACGAAUCACAUACCGCGACCGAUACCGAAUCCAGGGCCGAGCUUACCCACCGAGUUGCUAGCCUUGCCGAUGAUGGCGGCCGCCGAGUGCUGCCGCUGCGCAAGCUCGUGCCGUUCUGGCGAUCUUCCGAGCUGCAGGAAGCUCUUUCGAAGCUUGAUCUGGAGAGACAAAUUGCAAGGUCAGUACAAUAUGUUCAACCUGUAGCUUCACGACCUCGGCAGGAUGUCCCACCCCAGAUACCGCCUCUUGAUGCAGCUGUUCCGCCCCUCUCCAGCGCUGUCGAACGCUGGAUGGUGAGUCUGGCUUGCACCAGGCUCUUCCCUGAAGUAGUACGAGAUGUCUCGCUCAAUACCAUCUUGCCAGAUGAACCCAACGCGAUCGUCAAAGACCCGCAGCAAUGGGGCCAGCAUCCACAAUUCGAGACGCACAGGUCUGCUCACCUUUCUCAGCCUGAGGCCCAUCCCGGUCUCGAUCCCUGUUUGUUUCUCGACGAUCAUGAAGAUAGUAGCACUGCUGUCGAACUUGCCAAUGGUGAGAGGUCGGUGCGCUUUGGCCAGGGCGAAGAGUGCUUCUCUCAGGCUGAGCCCAGCAGCUCAGCAACCCGCAGUCGUCGCAUUGGUUGA